GUUAUAAAUUAGACUAAAUGUCAGACAGCUAAUUCAUUCAACACUCGCUAGUUCAACGCAGAGCAACAGUUGGCAAAAAUAAAUCAUGAUGAAGUUUCUUAUUGCAUUUGCACUUGUGGCUACCGUUAGUGCCGGGCUCUUGGUACCACAACCACAAUAUCACUACAGCAAACAAGUGGAGGAAUACGAUGCUCAUCCUCGAUACCAAUUCUCGUAUGGUGUUGACGACAAAGUGACCGGUGAUUCCAAGAGUCAAUAUGAGGAACGCGAUGGCGAUGUAGUUCAUGGACACUACUCCUUGAUCGAUGCGGAUGGCUUCAAACGCACUGUCCACUACACCUCUGAUCCUCAUAACGGUUUCAAUGCCGUCGUAAACCGCGAACCUUUGGUGAAGGUAUCCCCAGUUGUGCCAGUGGCGCAUUAUACACACGAACCAGCUGUUGCAUACCAUCAUGCUCCUGAAUAUCAUCAGCAUCACUACUGACCGUUGUACUCAUGCGUUUACAUAACUGUAUUUAUUUUCAUUAUUUUAUUCACUUGUAUUUGUUUGUUUUAUAAAUGUUUUUGAUUAUACACAUACAUACAAAAAUUUAAUUAUGUUAU